GCGACCGCUGCGGAGAGCGCCGAGCUGCCCUGAAGGCCUGGGCAAAGAUCCCGGAGUAGUGUCGGAUAGACACGACUCUUCUCGAUUCCGGCCAAUGUCAUCCCACCCGGGGCUCCACGCCCUUGAACCGGAGGUGUACCCCGCAAAAAGGCGAGCGUGGGGCGGCGGGCAGAGCCCCGGCCGCUGGAGGAUCCGGUCUAAUCUGGUGGAGUCUUAACUGUUAGUCAGGACUCCUCCCGCUGCGCGGCCGCUGAGCGGAAUCAGCGGUCACUUCGGUUUGGAGGCGCCCAGGUUCGCAGAAUGCCUCCCACGCAGGCAGAAAGUGUUAUAAAGAAUAUCAUUCGAGAAAUAGGACAAGAAUGUGCAGCCCAUGGAGAGAUUGUUUCUGAAACUCUGGUUGCUUUUAUGGUGAAAGCUGUUGUCCUGGAUCCAAGUAAUGGCUUUAACAUGGAUAGAACCCUUAUAAAAAGUGAUGUGCAGAAACUUGUUAAGCUUUGUGUGAGUCGGCUAUUGGACAGUAAAAAUCCAUCCUUGGACACCAUUAAGAUGCAAGUCUACUUUGACAUGAAUUAUACAAGUCGAGAGGAAUUUCUCGAAGAACAUCACCGGGUCCUGGAGUCUAGAUUAGGCUCUGUUCUCAGAGAGAUUACAGAUAACAGAGCAUGUGCUCGAGAAGAAUUGGAAAGCCUCUACCGAAAGGUUGUCAGCUAUAUGUUACUGCGCUCUGGGCUUGGAUCCCCUACAGAUAUCAAGAUUGUCAGAGAGGCAACAGCUGCCCUACAGAGUGUUUUCCCUCAGGCUGAGCUUGGGACAUUUCUAACUCUUUCUAAGAAGAACAAAGAACGCCAGCUGAAAGACCUCUCCAUGCUUGUUACUGGAAUUCGUUUGUUUAACCAGGACUGUGGAAAGGGAGGAGAAGGCAUUGAUGACUUGCCAGCUAUUCUCCGUGAAGCAAUUCCAGCCACCACUCAGCAUAUUGAUUCCCAACUUCAGAUUGCCCAGGACCUGGCUUACCGCUACACGGCCAUCCUUGAGAAAGUAACAGAGAACCCACUCAUGAGUAUGGAACUGCAGUCAUAUAUGUUAAAAGAAGCACUAUAUAAUGUGCGACAGUAUGAGAUCUUCCUUCAGACCAUUUUGUCAGAUAUAAUUAUUUGUGCUCAAGAAGUGGAAAUGAUGAUAAAGCAGUUAGGAGCCCAUCUGGAACAACUGAAAAUGACUGUAAAAUCAAAGACAGCUGUCCCAACAUCACAGGUCUUUCCCAUCUUCAUUGCUCUUUCCAAUCUGUGGACUAGCUUUCAGGAUGAAACUGUUUUGGUCAGUGUCCUCAGUAAUUUAACUGCUCACCUGGAGCAAUUUCUGGGUGCUCAUGAACUACUGUUUCCUGAGAAAGUAAUGCAAGAUCUUCUAAAUGAAGUGACUGUGAAAACUGAUGUGUAUAGAAUAAAAGAACACAUGGAAGAUAGAGUACAUCUGGUGGAUUUCAGAAAACAAGAAUGGCUUUUCCCAGAAACAACAGCAAAUUUUGAUAAAUUGUUAAUCCAGUAUCGGGGAUUUUGUGCUUACACGUUUGCUACAACAGAUGGUCUUCUUCUUCCAGGAAAUCCAGCAAUCGGAAUUUUGAAACAUAAAGAAAAGUAUUACACUUUCAGUACCAGAAGUGCUGCAUAUUCAUUUGCAGAAAACCCCGAAAAUUAUAUUGAUUUAAUUAGAGAAAAGGCCAAAAAAAACGCAGAGUUAAUUCAGCUACUGGAACUUCAUCAACAUUUCGAAACCCUCAUUCCAUAUUCUCAGAUGAAAGAUGUUGAUAAACAUAUAAAACCAAUUACAAAGAGUGAAACUGGCACACAGACGGAUACACACAUAUUGCAACCAACAAUUGUGAGAUCAUAUGAGUGGAAUGAAUGGGAAUUAAGAAGAAAAGCUAUAAAAUUGGCCAAUUUGCGUCAGAAAGUUACUCACUCUGUACAAACUGAUCUUAGUCACAUGAGAAGAGAAAAUUGUUCACAAGUGUACCCUUCAAAGGACACUAGCACACAAUCUAUGAGGGAAGGCAGCACCAGAGUGCCCAGGCCCCAGAUCUACAUAGCUGGCCUCCGAGGGGGCCAGGCUAAAACUUCCUAUGGUGUCAGGGUGAACUUAACAAGAGCUGUUGAUGAAACCUAGUUAGCGGCCAUAUUUUUAAAGUAGAUAUCACCAAAUUAUGAACAAUGGCAAAUAUUUAAAAGUAUUUUUGCAUCCAUGAAAUGUAGCUAAUUUUGUGGUGCUGUCACAUUCAUUGGUUAAGUGAAUUUUUUUGGAUUCCCGUAUUCACUGUCAAACUGCUACAAAAAAUUAAAAAUUGU